CCCAGCAAUGCCAUGCACCCCAACCUUCUUGGGUCUCUUCUGCAGGUUUCCUUGCUGUGGAGAGGACUGGAUGAUGUAACGGGCUUCCUGGGAAGCCUCGUGCUGCGGAAGCUCAGCAGGUCUCCAAGACCACCAUUUUCACUUGGGAACCGCUUCUGAAGCCCCUGGAAUAAAAUGUGACAGGUGCAUCCAAAAGGCUUGCUUUCUGAAACACAGAACAUCCCCGUGGAGAACGCCCUCUGCCCAACUUCCCACUUGCAAGGUCGGCAUCUCCACAUCCCACCAUGCCAGCUAAGACCCCGAUUUACCUGAAAGCUGCCAACAACAAGAAAGGAAAGAAAUUCAAGCUGAGGGACAUCUUGUCUCCCGACAUGAUCAGCCCCCCACUCGGGGACUUCCGCCACACCAUUCAUAUUGGCAAAGAGGGCCAGCACGACGUCUUUGGAGACAUCUCCUUUCUCCAGGGCAACUAUGAGCUCUUGCCGGGAAACCAGGAGAAAGCGCGCCUGGGCCAGCUCCCAGGCCAUAAUGACUUCUUCCGUGCCAACAGCACCUCGGACUCCAUGUUUGUAGAAACGCCCUCGCCAGUGCUCAAAAAUGCCAUCUCACUCCCGACCAUCGGAGGUUCCCAAGCCCUCAUGCUACCCUUGUUAUCGCCCGUGACUUUUAACACCAAACAGGAGUCAUUUGGGCCGGCUAAGCUGCCCAGGCUCAGCUGUGCGCCUGUCGUGGAGGAAAAGGCACCAGAGGACAGCAGCGUGCUGAUGAAUGGGGCGCUUGGCCAAGGAGACGCGUCUUGGGCCUCCAGUGGCUCAGCCUCGCAAUCCAGCCAGGGCAGGGACAGCCAUUCCUCCAGCCUGUCCGAACAGUACCCGGAGUGGUCUGCCGAGGACAUGUUCGAGCAGCCCGCCCCAGCUGAGCUCAGCAAGGGGAAGACUAAAUCCGAGGAGUCCCUCUCUGACCUUACAGGGUCUCUCCUCUCGCUGCAGCUCGAUCUUGGGCCCUCACUCUUGGACGAGGUGCUGAACGUCAUGGAGAAAAAUAAGUAACAGGAGACCAGUUAUUUUCCUUUGGGGGUAAAAGGUACCCUCCCCCACCCCCAGAAAAAAAAAAUGAAAAAAGCAAAAGAAACCACAACAAAACUAAAGCAGUACCAGCUGAAGCUUCCACAGUUGUAGCUGCGGGAUGGGCUUUCUAAAAAUAAUGUUUCCACAAAAUGUUUUUUACCUGUUAUCCUCUUCCUGUUUGCAAAAGCAAAUGGGGUUCGGGGAUUCGGGAGGACAACAAAACAAGCAAACGUGACCUGGCAGAAAGAGGAAGUGAGUCAGGGGCCCCUUUCAGCUGCGUGCUGCCAUUCAGCUUACAUUUGCUUGUUGACAGACACAAGAAGUCUGGCUUGGCCAAGACUGAUACUAACUACGAAAGAUGCAAAGACUCCAAGUUUUCUAAGCAGGAGGAACUGGGAAUUUAUUUAACACCUAAACCUUUUUUCCCUAGACUCUUUUCUAUAUUACAUUUUUUGGGACUCACCAUCGCAAAUUAUGCAGUGUUAAAAAAAAAAAAACUUUUCACAUCUGAACAAACUUUAUAGGUCUUUUUGGGGGGGAUUCUCUUGUAGUUCUUAUAUAUCCCUAUAUAUUAUUAUAUCUAUAUCGCAAAAUGUUGACCAUCGGCUACAUGUUGGUAAGACACAAGCAAAGUAUGACUGUAACUAAGUUAUUUUUAAAGGUAAAAUAUAUUUUUAUGUGCCUUUGGCUUUUUAUUGCAGAGUCUACAUUUUAUAGAUAAUACAUCCAGUGUUGUCAUCUGACCCAUUUCCAUUGGGUUUCUAUUGUAAGCAGUGCAUGUAUGUGUUUGGAAAAAGUAUACUACUCAUACUUAGCUUCAUUGUUUUUCCUCCUCCAUUUGUUGCUGUACCCCUAACAGCAGCCAAGGAUAGAUGGUCAAGUGUAAAGGCACAGGUUCUCAUGAUGUUUCUGCAGAGACUGGGCUGCACCAUAUGAUAUCUGGAACUAUGAGUAUUUUAGUACCGUACAUACUUGCAUUUCAUAGGUACUUCAUCCAACACAAUAAAGAGUAAAUGUUAAAAAUGAA